AUGGCAGCACCACAUUAUCGAAAAGUCGAGCUUCAAUCUCCAGCAGACUUCACCUACCUCUACGCCAAUACAGUCGCGCUAUCGCGCCGAAAACUCGACCUCUACUUCCCCCCUUCCGCAACGGAUAAUGACACCCCCGAUCCGAUGCGCGAACGCGUCCGGGAGCUAAUCGACGAGUAUAUAAACGAAACCUUCGAAUCAGCCUCAACCUCAAUCAGCAUCAAUGGCAUAGACUCCACCUCACCACAAUUCCCCUUCCCAGCAGCAUUCACCGCGCCAACAGAACAAGUCGAGUACGAGGCAUACGAUACGGAUCUUGCGUCGCGUGUGACGUCGCUGUACGCGCAGCUGGAAUCGCUCAAUACGACUGUCGCGCAGCAGAGACGGGAUGCGCCGAGGCGUGCGGCGAAGGAAUAUGCUGCGCAGUUGAAGAAGAUGAUUGAAGAGGAGGAAGAGGAAUAUGAAAAUGAGAUUGAAAAUGGUGGAAAAGACGCCGAUAACGAUACGGAAAUGCGCGCAUCUGCGUAUGUGCAGCCCCAAUCGAAUAAUGGAAACGAGAACACAACGCCCGGCCAAGGGGCGGAUAGUAUGGAUGUUGAUUCUACUCUAAACGGAGCUGAAUCGGGGCAGACAGUGGCCCAGGCGCGCUCGCGGCGCCCCCAUGGAAAUCACGACCCGACGUGGACGUUGCAGGCUGCGCUCGGGACGGAGGAGGAGCAGGAGCGGUGGAAGAGUGGGGAUAUUGCGAGUGUCUAUGAGGAUGCUCUGCGGAUGCUGCUGCGGUUGCAGGGCGAGGGCAAUGCUAAUACGGAGGCUGGUGCGGACGGUCAUGCGUUGGCAACAACGGUGGGCAAGGCUGAGAGGGCUGGGCGUGCUGCUGAAGUGGUGGAGAGUAUGAAUAAGUGA